GAGGCAUCAUUUCAUCUGUAUGAUGAAACAUCCACCGCCAUGACCGCUGAGUCGAAAAGGUACAUAGUCUUAUUCUCUCACCUUGUCGGGACAGGAACUCACACCGGUCUGAAAAGGAGUCUCUCACACAAUGACUUUACGGUUGGAUGGCUAUGUGCUCUUUCCAUCGAGUUAACUGCAUCAAGGGGAAUGCUAGAUGAAAUUUACCCAGACCUUGAUCAAGCCGAGGGUGACGACAACAUCUACACCCUCGGUCGGAUUAAAGAACAUAACAUCGUUAUCGCUUGUCUUCCAGCCGGUACUACGGGAACAACACCCGCAUCCAAGCAAGCAGCAGAUAUGCUUCGAACCUUUCCAAGGAUUCGGUUUGGACUCAUGGUAGGUAUCGGUGGAGGAGCUCCAUGUGCCAACAAACUCCCCACUGAAGAUAUCAGACUCGGCGAUGUCGUUGUGAGCACUCCAGACAAAGCUCUCGGUGGAGUAGUCAAAUAUAACCACGGAAAAGUCGUAGCUGGCGGCGAGUUUGAGCGCACCGGUAUACUUAAUAUGCCGCCCACCCAGCUACGAAACGCGGUGUCAAAAUUACGGUCUAGGCAUGAGGAAUAUCGUAAUGCAAUUCCCCGAUACGUAUCACAAAUGAUCGAGAGGGUAUCGGGGUCCGAUGAUGCGAAUCCGCAGUUCAGAUACAUGUUUUGUCAUCAGGGCUCAGAGAAUGACCAUCUUUUCGAAACAUCCUACGAGCACGACGAAUUUGCAAAGCCAAUACACGCUAUGAAGCCUACUUUAAUCCCCGCUGUGGGAUUGUUGGGCUGCGCUAUAACCAUCACUGCGAGUGCUGUCGUCAUGCAACAGCUGCCCUGGAGCAGUACUAUUGCAAUAUGCUCCGUGGUGUACAGCAUCGCUGUGAUAGCAUCUGCUUUCGGCUUUCUCACAAGAAAGCAGAGUCCACUAAUAAAUACCCACAAUGAUCCUAAAAUCCCUUGCCCACAUUGCGAUAAAUCACGUUUGGUUUAUCGACAGCCCCGGGAGACCAAUGAUCCUGUCAUUCAUUAUGGCACUAUUGCAUCUGCUGAUUUGGUUAUGAGGCAUGCGAUCACGAGGGAUAAACUCCAGCAAAAGUACAACAUACUAUGCUUUGAGAUGGAGGCAGCAGGGCUGAUGAAUGAUUUCCCUUGUCUCGUUAUUCGAGGAAUCUGUGAUUAUUCGGAUACUCACAAGCAUAAGCUCUGGCAAAGGUAUGCUGCUGCAACGGCAGCUGCAUAUACCAAGGAGCUUCUUGAGAUUAUCCCCCCUGCCGAGGUGGCAAAAAUGGGGCCAGCAGCGGAUAUAGUAGAUAUUGUGCGUAAUGAAUUUGCUACGAUGCAUGCUGAAAUGAACAAAAGCCUUGACCCUCUACUGAAUGAGCAGGUGGAUAAGGAGCAUAACAAGAUCUUGAAUUGGCUGGCUCCUUCAUCCCAUGAAUCACAACAUCUGGAUGCUUAUAAAAAGCACCAGCCAGGUACUGUAAGAUGGUUCCUAGAGUCUCAAGAGUUCCUCAACUGGAUGAGCGGGGAUGUACCGACUCUGUUUUGCCCCGGUAUACCUGGUGCUGGCAAAACCAUACUGGCUUCGAUGGCAAUAAAGCAUCUACAAGAGCAAACAGAUGGCCAGUCAUGCAUCACUUUCCUGUACUGCAACUACGCAAAGAGACAAGAGCAAACAACAGAAAACCUUCUAUCUACCCUUCUGAGACACGUUGCUGAGCAAUGCGACCUCAUUCCGGAGUCAGUCAGCUUGCUUUAUGAGUCACAUAAAAAGAAGCAUGUAAAGCCGACUGUUGAGAGCUUAUUGGACACGCUUAUUCAAAUUAUCAGGGCUCAAAACCGAGCAUUUCUCGUGGUUGAUGCUUUGGACGAAUGCUCGGACGAGACUCACAAGGGUUUGCUUAAGACAAUUCGAAAGUUACAAGAUAAUACUCGUCUGGGCUUUAUGGCAACAUCGCGCCCUUCACUAGAGCGAGAAAUCCAAGGUGCUCUGCGACUAGAAAUUCGUGCAAGCCAAAACGACAUUGAGAGCUACUUGGACGAUCGUUUUCAGGAGUUAUCGAAAUGCGCCCAGCAAAAUAGUGGAUUAAAGGAGAAAAUAAAGCAACAAAUCUGUGAGGCAGCUGAUGGCAUGUUCCUCCUCGCCACCCUUCAUAUGGAUUCAUUGAAAGACAAAAGAACGCCGAAUGAAUUCAGAAUAGCUCUCCAAAGUCUCCCAAAAGGGCAGGGAGCAUUGGAUGUGGCCUAUGACAAUGCAGUUAGCAGAAUUGAUGAUCAAGGAACAAAUGGCCGUGUGUGGGCCCGUCGUGUUCUAUCCUGGGUGUUCCAUGCCAUACGGCCAUUACGACCGAUUGAGCUUCAACAUGCUCUAGCGAUAGGAGCCGGGGACUGUCAACUUCAAGAGGAUAGUCUCCCGGUAUUUGAGGAAAUUAUCUCCCUCUGUGCAGGACUUGUCAUGCUCAAUCAGGAGAGCCAUACCAUCCAGCUAGUUCACUACACGACUCAGGAGUACCUCAGCAAUCUUGACUGGAUUCAAAAGUCAAUCGACGAUAUUACAACAAGCUGCAUCACCUAUCUCCAAUUUGACGAUUUUGAACGCGGCUCCUGUCCAUCGAAAGAAGAAUUUGAGAAACGGGUUGAGCUACAUCCAUUUUACAUAUAUGCUUCUACUAGCUGGGGGCAUCAUGCCCGCUCUUCAUCGAUCGAAAAGGAAGGUCUGAUUAUGGGAUUUCUUGAAAGGGGGACAGUGAGACUACUGCUUGAAAAUCAUGCUGAUCCACAGCUGAGCAUCCAAGGUGAAAUACCACUAUAUGUGGCUAUAUUCCGCAAACACAAAGGAAUUAUCAAACUCUUGCUCAAACACAUUGGUCAAAACCUCUGCUCAAGUGGUCCCACACCACUGCCUUUGGCUGUAGUCGAGGGGUAUGAAGAAGGAGUGAAACUACUGCUCGAACAUUAUGCCGAUCCAAACCUCUCCUUAGUAAAUGUAGAAGAGGAUAUGCAAGCCGCGAUUAGCACGGCUAAAGAACUUGGGCAUGAAGAAAUACUCGAGUUAUUACUUGAUAGCAGCAAGGCUUUAGGUUUGGAGCACUAA